UGUGGGUCUGCAUCUCUUCAGUUAGUAGCUGACCAUCGAUUCGUGAAGACGUGUUUUGGUAGACAAAAUAAAACAAGAAAGAAAAAAAGUUACAAGAAAACAAAAAGAUACAAGUUUAACUUAAAGUUACCAAUUCACCAUACGUUCGUUUUUUUUUUUAACAAGUUUUAAGUUGUUAUUUUUGUGCAUUUAGUGUAAACUGAACAAAUUGUUAAAACAAAAAAUAACAGAUUAAGAAAAAAAGUGUUUAACAAAAAUUUGUUAUAAUUUAGUAAAAAAAGCUGUUUUUGAAAAAGAAAACCCUAAGAAAAAUUUGAAAAAAAGCGUUUACUAUUACGUGUGAGUGUCUAUGUAUGUAAAAAUUUCUAUGCAUGUCUGAGCAAGCAUAAUUUUUGUGUUUUUACCCUAAAUCUAAAUAAAAUCACAACAACACUAAUAAUAAUAACAAAGAACAUACCAUGGAGUACAAUAUAUUAAAACACAUGCGACAAAGGCAUCAUCAUCAACAUCAUAAUCGGGCCUCACAACCCACACAUCAUUUUUUAACGGUUAAAUUCUACUUAGCGAUAGUGUUAAUUAUAACAUUACACUGCACAGAUGUGUUAGGUUCAACACUUGGUUCGAAAUGUCAACACGAUAUGGAUUGUACAGAUUUCAUAAAGGGUUCAUCAUGUUCGGCCCAGGGUUACUGUGAAUGUGCACCUUAUUAUGUACAAUAUAAUACAACAACAUGUUUAUCUUCUCAACUUCUGGGUGGUGAUUGUACUCUCAACGAACAGUGUACCAUGAAAGUGGCCAACAGCAGUUGCUUGGAUGGUGCUUGCCGUUGUGUAGAAGGUUUCUUACAGUUCCGCAAACACACAUGUCUUGGACCUGCUCCACCUGGUUCUGUCUGUUACAGUCAUGCCCACUGUCAAAUGUUUCAUGCCCGCACCCAUUGUGAUUUCUUAAUUCCCAAUCUUUUCGGUCGUUGUCAAUGUACCGCUCCUGCCAAACUUAAGGCUGGUAUGUGUGUAGACAAUACAAUUGAAGAAGUUCAGGCUCCAGUAGCCCAAACCACCACUACUACAACACCAGCUCCUGUUAAGGAAACUGAAGCUCCUCUACAUCUAGAACAAGAACCAGAAAUUGUAGUUACCCAUUCUCCGAUUUUGGCCGAUCCCAUAAUAGAAGAACAUUCAGUACAAGUUGAUCCCGUUAAACAACAAUUUCAACAAGAACUCGAAGAAACAUCCAAUGUUUCAGUAGAAGAACAAGAGUGGGAAGAUGAUAGAGAUAUUGUGCAUCCCACAUCCAAAACUCCCAUUGAAUUGCAUGAUGAUACGGCAACACACUAUGAACCCUUAACACCCGCUCAAACUGAGGAACAUCACGCUGAUGAGGCUACAGAAACUCAACAAUAUGUUCCUAAUGUUACUGAUGAUUAUCCCUAUAAAAUUGAAGAGGAAGAAAAUCAUACAGAUGCCCUAAAACAAGAGCAGGCUGAAGAACAUAUGUCAGAGACUGACAUGCAAGAAGAGGAACAUAAUGAAGAAUAUGGCGAUGUGGUAGAUAAUACUAUGAAUUUUGAUUAUGAAGCUGCCCAACAGGAGAUGGAAGAUAAUUUAGAACAUGAACAUGAUGGUGAAGAACACGAGCAAGAAACUGUACAAAAGCUGGAACACGAAGUCGAACAAGAGCAAGUUCAGUCUCAAGAGGUAGAAGAGUUGGACAGACAUGAAGAAGAGACAGAACAUGAACAAGAGCAAGUUGAUAAUCAAGAGCAAGAACUGGAACAUGAAGCUCAACAAGAACAUGAGGAAGUUUCCGAAGUAGAACAACAUCAAGAUCAUGUAGAAAAUCCUGAAACAGAACAAGAACAACAAGUUCAUGAAGAAGAACACAAUCAAAUCCACCAAGAACAUGAGGAUAAACAGGACUCUGAAGAUGAACAAAAUCAACAGCAAGAAGAACACGAACAAAUUGAAGAGUCAGCCCAAGAGCAUGAUGAAAAUUCUGUUUCAGAACACGAGCAAAUUCAUGAACAAAUUGAUAAUUUAGAACAUGAGCAAGAAGAGCAUAUAGAACAGCUUGAACAAGAACCAGAACAACAUCAAGAGUCCGAACAGGAACAAGUUGAUAUUCAGGAAUCAGAGCAACAACAAGAAGAAAACCAUAAAGAACUUGAAGCAGAAAAUCAGAAAGAACCAGAACACACACAGGACACUGAGCAAGAACAUGUCGAAAAUCAAGAAUUAAACCAACAACCAGAAAAUGAGCCCGAACAAGAACAAACUCUAGACUCUGAGCUGGAACACAACGAAAGUCUAGAGGGCGGACAUGAAUCAGAUGCUGAACAAGUGCAGGAGACUCAUCAUGAAGAAGAGUAUGCUGAAAAUCCUGAACAAGUUAACGAAUCUGAAGAAGAACAUGUUGAAAAUCAAGAAAAAGUAUCGGAACAAUCACAUUUACAUGAACAUUAUCAAGAAUCAGAGCAGGGACAAGAACACGUGGAAGCCGCAUACGAAGAAGAAUCAGAGGAUGUUCAUGACACAGUCUUGGAACAAGAACAAGUUGAGGAAACAGUACAGGAACAGGAGGAAGAUCAUGAAUCAGCAUAUGAGAAAGAGUCAGAGAAUGUUCACCAACCAGAAGAGGAACAAAAUUAUGAAGCUAAUCAGUUACCAGAAGAGCCAGAAAGUGAAAUUCAUGAACUAGAAGGAGAACAAGAGCAUGUGGAUCACCAGCAGCAAUCGGAAACAGAAAGCGAAAUUCACGAACAAGAACAGGAGCUUGAAGAAAAUCAUAAGGAACAAUUUGAACAAGAACAUUCGGAAGAAGCUCAACCAGAACAAGAAUCUGAACAUGAACAUUAUCAAGAGCAAGAGACAGAACAUAAUAUUGAACAACAAUCCGAUGAAGAUCAUGAUGAAAUUACAGAACAUAACGAAACUGAAGAACAACAAACUGUUGUGCAACAAAACGAAGAGCAUGAUGAACAAGAUCAUAUUGUUGAACAAGAUCAUAUCGAAGAACUAGAUCACAUAAUCUCUGACAAUAAUGAAAUCAACAACAUACCACCCAAACAACAGCAACAAGACAAUCAAGAAGAAAGUUUAAAUGAAUCAUUAAAUUUACAAUCAAUAACAAAUGAAAUUCAUCAUGAUCAAACCGAUGAAGUUGUAGCGGAAAAUGAAAGUGUUCAAAAUGAAAAUGAAGCAACCACACAACAACAACAGCCUGAAGCUGUGAUGAUGGCAAAUGAUGAAGUUAUUACCACACAAUCGGCUGUACUUGAGGAAGAAGUUAAAAAUGUACCAGAAGCAGAAAUCGAUUUAAACAUUAGUCAAGACGAACAACAACAACACGUUGCUUCUUCGACUGUUGAUGAGUCGGUUGUCAAUGAUGACAAGAUCGCAGACAAUGAGGAAGAGAAACUUGUUGACCAACAAAUUGUUGAAAACAAUACUGCGGGCCAAAUUGCGGACACUAACGAAACAGAGGAAGAACAACAGCAAGAAGAAGAAAUGUUGCAAGAAACCACAGAAAAAAUGCCUGAAGUAGAUAACCACACUGAUAACGAUGCUGAAAACUCUGAUCAUCAUGUGUUUGAAGAUUUCAAAAAUCAACAAGAAAAUAAACAAAAUGAAAUUUCAACUGAACAAACCAUAGAAACUGACCAAAUUAAUCAAGAUGUUAAUGAUACUGAACAACAUGAACCUGUUGAACAAAUAGAAGAGGAACAUCAUGAAUAUAUCCCAUUAGAUGAGAAACAUUUGGAAGAAGAGCAACCUGUUACUUUGGCCAACAUUGAGGAAGCUCAAGAUCAAAUUGCAGAAGAACAAACUAUUGUAGAAGAAGUUUUACCUAAUGAAACUGACAAUGAAAUGAAGAAUGAGGAAAGUAAUCAUAUUCCUCAAGAAGCUAUGACAGUACAGCAUCAAUAUUUAGAAAAGGAAUCUGCAACUGAGAUUGCAGAAGAAGAACAAAAACCCCAAGAAGCAGUCGUGGCCGUGCACGAAGAUAAAGAACAAGAACAAGAAGUUGUCACUGAAUCCUCUUUGGAAGAUUUGAAACCCAUUAAUAAUGCAAUUGAAGAAGAUGAAGAACAUAAGAAAGAAACUGUUCAAGAAGAAAACCAGGAAAACUUUUUCCAAAUGAACUCGGAAGAUGUAGCAUCUUUAGAACAAUCAGAAAACCCAGAAACAUUCAAUCAAGACGAAGAAUCUUUUGGUGAAAUUAUAGAAAAUAAUGAACAACCAGGAGUCAAUUUUGACAGUAAUGAGAACUCGGUAAUAAGUGAAAAUGUAGAACCCUCUGCUCAACAUGAAGAAACUGUGAUGGAAGAUUUGGCAGAAUCCACAACUUUAUCCACAGAUAAAAAGCAGGAAGAUGAAAUUGCAGAUAAUUUAGAACAUGUUAAUCAACAGACUGUAGUUGUUGAAGAAACUAACCAAGAUGCUGAGAAAGCUGUGGAAGAUAAUGAACAACAUGAAGCCGUUAAUGUGGAAAAUGAAGAGGAUCAACAUAAAGAGGAAGAAGAACAUCCUUCAGAUAUCAGUGAAGACGAGCAACACGAAGAGACUGAACACAUGGCAGAAUCAUCAAAUGUAAAUGAUGCAGAAAUCGAGACAAUUUUCAGCAACGAAGAUAUACCACAAGUUACCGAAUCACCAACUGAAAGCGACAAUGCGCCAUCUGAAACAGUUCAAGAAAUUGAAGAACCAACUCCCACAUUAGCUGACAGAAUUGAUGAUGAUGCUAAUGAUAAUGAAGUGUCAGAAAAUGCGCCUUUGGAGGAAACUGUAAACCAAAAUGCUGCUCCCAAUCAAGACAGCAUUGAAGACAAUGAGGUGCCACAAGGUGAACAAACUGAAAGUGAAGAAAAUGUCUAUGUCAAUCAACCACAAAAUAGUUACUUUAACCAAGAUGAGAUAAUUGAUUCUGUCAGACCUGCAAAUGAAGGAUUCAAAGAAAGCGAAUCUAUAAGCGAUAUUCUAAAUAAUCUUAUGAAGGAAGAGGUGACCCUACAACCCGAAUAUGGCCAAGAAUCUGAUUUUAAUGAUCAUUUAGAAAAUAUGCAUGAAAGUGAUGUAGCUGAUCUCUUGGCAGAAGAUACAAACAUCUCUGAGGAAUCAGUGAUGUCGCAACAACUGCCAACUCAAGACUCUACCGAAGCACCCAUUGAUCCAGAAGAUAAACUUAUAACUUUCUAUCCCGAUAUGCAAGAAGUGCAACCAGUUCAACAAUUACCCAUCACAAGCCAAGAAGAACAACAGCAACAAGAGUCUGUCGAACAACAACAAGAAGAAGCUUCUGGAGAUGAUGAGAAGACAUAUGAACAUGAUAAUGAAAUCGAAAAGACUGACGAAGAACAUCAUACCUUAUCGCCCUUAGAUUUGCCCUUCGAUACAUCGGUUGAUUAUGAGCCACAACAAUUUGAGGCUGAUAAUUUGGUAGUGGAAACUACCACAAUUGCACCUAAUCACUUGAAGAUGGAGGAGAAUAAUGAACAGACUGAAACCACUACCUCAGCUGGAGCUAUUGAGGAAUUGACUACACAAACUAUGUUGAAUUUGGCGAGUCGUGUUACGCUUAUGGAACCAGCUGCUCCUAUAGCCACAACUUUAAGACCUUUAAUGUCAUUGAAUGCUAAUGAUGAGGUAACAGCCGAACCCUCUAUUGAUGCUCCCAUUAUGGAAAGUCUAUUAACCACAAAACCCACUACAGAAAUUCGCAAACGUGUUGAAUUGAGUUUGGAAGCGGUUUCCUUGGGUUUAUCUUGCUCCAAUGAUAAACAAUGUCAACUGGCCGAUCCUAAUACAAUUUGUAAUGCUCGUGGUGUUUGUGAUUGCUCCGCUAAUGCCUACUCCUCUCAAGUGCAAAACGAUGCUUCGGCAGCUCAAUGUGGUGCCGAAAGAACAGGUUGUGCUCCUGGUACUUUCCAAUGUCGCUCUAGUGGCGUUUGCAUAUCUUGGUUCUUUGUCUGCGACGGCCGUUCUGACUGUAAUGAUGCAUCCGAUGAGGAAUGUACUUUCAAUACACGCCUCAAUCAAACCUGCCCCAGUCAAGCUUUCCAAUGUGGUCAAAGUGGACGUUGUAUAUCACGAGCAGCACUCUGUGAUGGUCGCAAACAGUGUCCACAUGGUGAAGAUGAAAUAGGCUGCACUGCUUUGAAAUCGGAAGACUCCUGUCCACCACACACCUUCCGUUGUAAGAGCGGUGAAUGUUUGCCCGAAUAUGAAUACUGUAAUGCCAUUAUAUCGUGCCGUGAUGGCAGUGAUGAACCACCACAUUUGUGUGGGUCCCGCUCAAUGCCCAAUUUCUUUUUGCAACUUUUAACCGCUGGUGGUUUGAUGAAUAAGAAUAUCGAUAAUAAUGCCUAUUGCCCACACCGAUGCAGUAAUGGUAGAUGUCGUUCAACAGCCAUAGUAUGCUCGGGUCGUGAUGGUUGUGGUGAUGGUACAGAUGAACAAACCUGUUCAGUGUGUAGAUGCCCUGCCGUUAACUAUGAUAAACCUGCCAUCAAUGUUUCCGAAUUUUUGGCCAGACAUCGUCCCAUGCCUUUGUGGUAGACUACUUGCUAAUUUUCUACGCCUUUCCCUUUAUUCCUUAUAAAAUUAACUACAUUUAUGCAUUUGCCACUUGAAAAAACAAAUAUGUUUCUAGUUAUAGGUUUAUUUAUUUCUAUUAUAUGUAUCUUAUCACUCCAUCUCCCCACAACUCCACACACAUUUAAAUUAUUUAUUUCUUUGCACUACACAAUUUUAUUUAAAGAAAAUUUUAUCACAAAAAAAAAACUUCUACUAAAAAAUUGUCUCCUUGCUAGCGAAGGUUUCGUAUGCAAAAUUUUCUGAAAAUUAACGUUUUUUUUUUUUUUAAAACCGAUGGCUACUUUUUAUGUUUUUUUUUAAUAUUUUCUUACGCAAACCUUUGAUCUAGCGAUGUCUGACAAUUGAAUUUAUGGAAAAAAACCCGUGUUAGUGUUGAAAAAAACAGCAUAAAACAAUUAUAUUUUAUCAUUAUUUAACUAUUUAUUUUUCAUUGCAUUUAUUUUAUAAGUUAUUAUUUUUUAUCUCUAUCCUUUUCUUAUAUUAAAAGACCCACUUGCAUGUUGAAAAGUGGACGAUAAAGUAAUGAGACAAAAUAAUUUUUUUAAAAGAAUUUAAAAAUGUAUAUUCUAGAAGAUUAAGAGAAAAACAAAAAAUAUUUUUGAAAAAUAAACAAAAUAAAAUAUUUUUUUAAA